AGCGGCUCCCACAGAAAACUACUCUCCUCCACCAUUUUUAUGUCUAUCUGUUCCCAACAAUUAUUGAUUAUAUAUUGACGCACACAUGCAUUCUCCAUAGUCCACAGAUCAAAAACAAUCACCAAUUCUUUAUAGUUCAAAGAUUUUCUGAGCCCUCAUCAAUGGCGCCAUCAGCUGCAAUGCUCAUACUUUCGCAUCCUCUGAUUAGCCACAAAACGACAAAUCAGUCUCCAUCACCGCCAGCCUCUAAGUCGAGACGUAUGUUCGAUCUUCUUUUGCCGUGGAAGUCAUCGGACAGUGAGGAGGUCGGUCUGGGCCGGCUAGUCUUUGGCGAUCCCGCUACACUGGAGAAGCGUUUUCAAGAAGCUCUUGAACUUAGCUGCUGGUAAUUUUUCACAAUGUCUAGUGAUAUCGUUUCACUGGCUGCAUCUUCGUAAUUAUUAAGCAUUUUAUUAAUAUUGUCUUGUAGAUGGAAAUAAUGUAAAAGUAAUGGUUUUACCAAACAAAAAAAAAAGAAGAAAUGUAAAAGUACUGGUUGGUUUUAUAAAUAAAAAACAAACGAGAAAAGUCA